AUGUUUCUUAUGGUACAAAAAUUGAUAUUAAUAAUGUCUGCCAGACGAACAAAUCAUUUAGAAGUCUUGGCAGCCAGCUCCCUAACUAUGGGAACGUCACGAGAGAAUGCGAUCAAACGUCUCACAUCGAUUGGGCGGAAAUUCGCGAAGGCGCAAGAAUUACAAGCUCAAUAUAAAAAAUUUAUGCAAGAGUAUCAAGAUUUGGGUCAUAUGACCGAGGUUACGAACGAUAAAGGAAAGGGGAUAGUCAACUAUCUUCCGCAUCAUUCAGUCAUCAAAGCAGAUAGCCUCACGACAAACCUCAUAGUUGUUUUUGACGCUUCGAGUCCAAUAUCCACCGGAAUAGCGCUCCACGACAUAAUUCGGGUGGGACCUACCAUACAACAAGAUCGACUGGUUGUAUGGAGGAACGAUCCAAGCACACCUAUACGAGAUUAUCGCUUUAACACCGUGACCUACGGUUUAGCUAGCGCACCUUUUUUGGCCAUCCGAUGCUUGAUCCAGCUAGCGAUCGAAUCCCGAGAACAAUAUCCAGAGGCAAGUGAAGUCAUACGCAACGAUUUUUACGACGAUGACUUGCUAUACGGUGGUGACGAUGUACGAGCCUUACGACGACUAAAGAUCGAGCUAACCGAGAUCUUGAAGUCGGCGGGGUUCACACUGCACAAGUGGAAUUCGAACGAGCCAUCAAUUCUUGACUCGUCCUCGGAAUCGACUACGCUGCCGAUAGGCGACGAAAUCAAAACGCUAGGAGUAUGUUGGAACCCAACCGACGACUAUCUCCAAUAUCGAACCCAAGCCGUGACGAAGAGUCGCCAGGCCACGAAAAAAUCAGUGUUAUCAACAACAGCUCAAAUUUACGACCCACUCGGAUUGAUGGGCCCGACGAUUAUCUGCGCAAAAAUUAUCCCCCAGCAACUCUGGCAGUUAAAAAUUGGAUGGGAUGAGUCGCUCCCACUCGACCUUCACACGACUUUGACGCGAUAUCAAGAUCAAACCGAUGACAUGAGUCUCAUCUCCAUUCCACGACACGUCAUAUGCACUGAACCCCAGAGUAUCGAAAUGUACGGUUUCUGCGACGCCUCAGAAGCUGCGUACGGUGCAUGCAUCUACUUAAAGAGCCUAAACAAAUCAGGACAAGUCUCCGUUCAUCUGAUUUGCGCAAAAUCCAGAGUAGCUCCGCUCAAACGAAUCACAAUACCACGACUCGAGCUCUGCGGGGCGCUAUUGCUUAGGAAACUCGGUCGGACCGUACAACAAGCGCUUUCCGUCAAAAUUGAUAGCAUUCACUACUGGAGUGACUCUACGAUCACAUUGGCAUGGAUCAACCAUCGUCCCGAAGAACUACAAACCUUCGUCGCGAACAGGGUAGCCGACAUUCAACGCAGUGCACUCGAGGCGCAGUGGGCUCACGUGAAAUCGGAAGACAAUCCCGCAGAUGUUAUAUCGAGGGGCACUACUCCGGAGAAUCUCAAGAACUCACAGUUGUGGUGGUUCCAACGUGGCUAG